GCUUGGGUAUCGUCCUGUAUGUCCUGGUCACAGGGCACUUUCCAUACAUGGAAGAAACCCUUGAAGGUAUGCACAGGGUCAUCACCACCACAAUGUGUCCCAUUCCUUACCAUCUAUCAAAACCCUGUCACAUCAUCAUUGCCCGACUACUCAUGGUCCCUAUCUGGUACCGAUUCACAAUCUGUCAGCUUGUGGAACGACCAUGGCUAGGCCCCAUUCAAGAACAUGUACUGCCUGCCACCAAAGAAAUCCUGCCCAGGGUCGUGGAGACCAUGUGCACCAUCGGCUAUACCUGUGAGGAGAUUGUUUCAUCCCUAACGCACAGGCGAGAAGAUAAUCAUGUAAUGGCUACAUGCAACAUUCUCAAAUAUCAGCUGAGUGGAGGAGACAGCCAUCAGCAAGAUCAGAUGCCCUGGUUAACUAGCAGCCCUCCAGGUCCUGUUUGCCUCCCUCUCCCCUUGACGAAGAGAGCCAGUGAACCAGCAUUUACAACCAGUACACAAGCUGGGAAGAGUCACGUUAACUUGGAGGGUGUGGAAGAAAGAGGUAAAGGAUAUAGAAGCUACACCAUGCCUAACAGACUCUCCUUCCUGGAGGCGAUGCCCGGUUCAGACAACACAGUCCCAGAAAGAGAUGCUCUUGUGGCUGAUGUCAUCAACACUGCUACAGAGGACACUGAAGUCAACAGGAAUUCUGUUGACCCCCUGCCUGGCAAUCUCUCCUCUCCCGAAUCAGUCUUGGAGGCUACACCCACGGGAUUUCUGAACCUGGGCUUCUGUGAAGAAGAUUCAUCCCAGGGGUCAGACAUUCCCAGUGACCAGCCCCAGGUGGCACCCAUGACAUCUAGAUCCAGGCCACUCAGGAUCUGGAAACUGGUGAGGAAGCAAAUUUCCCAUGUACUGAGAGCACUGUGCUGCUGCUGCUGCUGCUGCUGCCUGCCCACCCCAAGUGUGGAAACUGAAAUGGCCCAAUAGAAUUCCAGACCUGGUGAGGAGCCACGGAAGGGACCCAAGACAGAUCGCCAGAGUGCCAGCUCCCUCCAACACAGAGCAACAGGCUCCUGCCUGCAAUAAUCCUCCAGCUAUUGGGUCUGAGCUACCAAUCUGCAUCUCUUUCAGCUCAAUUCAGCUUCAGAACUGUUGUGGGACAAUUGGGGGUCAUAUAGCAUAUGUACCCCAUGACCCUCUACCUUCCUAGCUUUGGUUGUGCUUGUAGGACCGCUCACACUGCAUGGAAAACAGCAGCCUCUACCACCAGAAAUGACUUCAUACCAAUCACGGCUGCUCAUCAUCUUGGUCACUUUAACCCUCCAACUUACUCUGUGACUGCCUUAUGGACAAAACAGCAAGACCUGUGUAAAUCCUCUGGAGAAUGGAGCCUCCUUCAUCCAGGCUUCCCAUGGUGCCUCCCACCUCCUGAUCCAAGAAUUCUGCAUCAUUUUUCCAUCUCAUAGAGGCAUUUAUAACUGAUACUUGACCUUGCAUUAACAUUGUUCUGCUCCAGUGUGGGAAGGACACCUUCCAGGUAGGGAGCAGCUCACUGAUUCACAAGGGAAAAUGAACUCAACAGGGACUCCAGGGUCCUAAUCUGUGUGAAUCAUGCACCUGAAGCUUCAGGGAUUGAAGUGAAGGUUCUUUCAUCCAGGAUGGACUACAAACAGCAGCAAAGUCCAAAUCUAACCUUCAGAAUAGAAGUCUAUGUCCACCAGUGAACAGAUACCUGGAGUGAUGAGCUCUCUACAUCAGGAGACACAGGAUGGCAACUUACAGGAGUGGCCUGAGACAGCAGAAGUUGGAGCUCUGCAGGAAGUCCAGAUGACAGUGUGCCCACUUCCCCAGCAUAAAGGGUCUGUGUCCAGCACAGGAGGAGGAAAGUGACAGCAAGCUGGAGGAAAAAUGGGUACCACUUUGGAUGGAAUGCUGGGACAUUGCUCCACUUUGGAAAUAUGCAGGUUCUGCUGGAUAUGUUCAGACAAACCUCAUCUUCACCAUAUGUGCAUCCUGUCUCAUCUAGGCAAGUGUUCAGUGAGCUGGGUGCAGGAAGCACAGCGUCUAGACACAGACAUGUGCCUGGCCAUAUCCUGAAUCCUGGACCCUGAGAAUUCCUGACUUGCAUGUGUGCACACUGAGCAUUGGUGACAUGGAGGAAAAAGAGCACCUCUCCCCUCCCCUUCAUGGCAGACUAUCAUGCCAUUG